GUGGUUUGCAGUAGCGGGUGAUACAGUUUCUCAAGAACAGUUGUUCAUUCGUAUUGAUUUAUUGCAGAAUGAUGUUGGCCCAAGAGAUGGAUCUUGAUGGUGCCGUUCAGCAGGUCCUGAAGAACGCCGCCAAGUGCAGAGGGAUAUCACGUGGCUUGAACGAAUGCACGAAACUGAUUGAGCAACGCCGUGUAGUUCUCUGUUUUCUCGCUGAGAAUUGCAAUGAAAAGGCUUACACCACCCUUAUAGAGGCCUUGUGUCACGAACACGGCAUUCCUUUAGUGAAGGUACCUGAUAACAAGAAACUCGGUGAAUGGUCUGGAUUAUGUAAAUAUGACAAAGAAGGGAAAGCCAGAAAAGUUGUCUCAGCUUCCUGUAUUGUAAUCACAGACAUUGGAGAAGAAUCCUAUGGACUUAAGUAUUUGGUGGAGAAAUUCAGACUUCCAAUACAGACAAGGGAGGCAUAGUAUGUACUAAUCAGGUAUUCUUAUAAAGCAAUGCUGAACGAUU